UUCAGAUAACUUUGUCCUGGCCCCGGCCAAAGCUGUCAGCGGUGCCGUACCGCAGCCGUAAAGCAAUGGAAGUGUUUUGGAAGCAGCUAGUCACUGCAGAGGAGCCCGUGACUCACACUGGACUAGAGAGAAACAGACUAGUGGGUCCCUACGGUGCAUAACAACCGUGCCUGGCCAGGGAAGAGAGAGCACAUGAAGCCAUUGCUCCCCACGUUUAUCUCCAUAUCUUACUUACAAGUUUCCAAGAUAGUCACGUUAUAGGCGAAGUAUAUUUAGCCAACAUUACAUGUAGAUUUAUCUGACAGGAUUUUGUUUAUUUAUCUAUUUAUUUAUUUCAAAGUUAACGCUCAGAGAUCUAAAGUUCAAUACAGAGGGAGUCUCCAGCUUCAUUUGAACUGUUACUGGGCUACUUGGAUUAUGACCUCUGUGUAACCUUGUCAGAAAAGGCGUAUAAAAUCCUCCACUCUGCGCAUGGAAUGAGCCCUUGGAUUUGAUGCCAUUCAGUGAUUAACACUUAACACCACGCCACGAGAAAGUGAAAAUGACUGCCAGCGCUCCGAAAGACAAGUACCAUGCCGUGUGGAUCAUCUUCUUCAUUCUCGGCCUUGGAACUCUACUUCCAUGGAACUUCUUCAUGACCGCCACCAUGUAUUUCAUUGAGAGGCUGAAGGACCCUGUGGUAGUGCGAAGUAACGGCCACAGCAAUGGCAGCCAGAACGUGACAGCGGGCGCGGGGGAGGAGGAGAUGCGCAACGUCCUGCAACUCAAGUUCAGCAACGUGAUGACCAUGUGUGCCAUGAUGCCGCUCCUCUUCUUCACCUGCCUCAACUCCUUCAUCCACCAGAGGAUUCCUCAGAAGCUGCGUAUCUCUGGCUGUCUGUCGGUCAUCCUGGUGGUGUUCCUGUUCACGGCGGCGCUGGUGAAGGUGGAGGUGGCGGCGGUGCCCUUCUUCGCCCUCACCAUGGUCUCGAUCGUCUGCAUCAACUCGUUUGGUGCGGUUCUGCAGGGCAGCCUGUUUGGGCUGGCGGGGAUGCUGCCUGCUGCCUACACCACUCCCAUCAUGAGCGGCCAGGGCCUGGCUGGCACCUUCGCUGCUGUCUCCAUGAUCUGCGCCCUGGCUGAUGGUUCUGCGCUUGAGGACAGUGCGUUUGGCUACUUCAUCACCGCCUGCGUAGUCAUCCUGCUGGCCAUCCUGUCCUACCUCGCCCUGCCCAAAAUGGCGUUCUUCCACUACUAUGAAGAGAAAUGUAGACUUGCUGAAGAUUCGGAGUUCUUCCAGUACUAUGCCGAGGGAGGCUCGAGACCUGCAGAUGACGAGAACAAGAUGGAUCUGCUGAAGAAAGACGGUCCCACGGAGAAGAGGCCGGUGGUCAGUCUCACGGAUGAGGAGGGCAAGCCUGUCGUGUCAGUGUUUGGCAUCUUUAAGCAGAUAUGGGUCAUGGCCAUGUCUGUGUGCUGCAUUUUUGCCGUCACUAUCGGCACUUUCCCCGCCGUGACGGUGGACGUCAAGACCACGGUGGAGAAUCCGGGAUCUUGGGAGAAGUACUUCAUCCCUGUGUGCUGCUUCCUCCUCUUCAAUGUGAUGGACUGGGCAGGGCGCAGCCUGACCGCUGUGUGUAUGUGGCCUGGCAAAGACAGCAUGUGGCUGCCCAUCAUGUGCAUUGCGCGAGUGAUCUUCGUGCCGCUCUUCAUGCUCUGCAACGUGCAGCCGCGCUACGUCAUGCCCAUAGUCUUCUCCAACGACGCCUGGUACAUCGUCUUCAUGAUUAUCUUCUCCUUCAGCAACGGAUACCUGGCCAGCCUCUGCAUGUGCUUCGGCCCCAAGAAAGUGGCUCCCCACGAGGCCGAGACAGCUGGGGCCAUCAUGGCCUUCUUCCUGUCUCUGGGUCUGGCUCUGGGAGCGGCCCUGUCCUUUGCCUUCCGGGCUAUGAUCUGAAGACCAUCAUCUGAGGACCAGCAUCUGAGACGGACUGGUCUGUCAGAAGGAGGACUGUUCUCGCACCAAACCCCCACCCCACACCACAUUCACCCCCCCUCUCUCAAUCUCAACCACCCCCCCUGCUGUGAAAGCCUGGACUUUAUUGGGGGGGUCGGGGGUGACACUCUGCUUUUUAUGUUUCUGACCAGCCCGUCAACUGUUGCGUCAGCCAGAGAGCCAAGUGGCACGUCCCGUUUUCUACAAAGCGGUUUACGAAUCCAUGUGAAGAACUGCCGGUCUUCCUUUUCCUUGCCUUCCCUUGCCUUGUAUUAACGCAUCUUCUCUUGUUGUCCGUCUGUUCCAUUAGGAUGGGAUUGCUACUUUAACUGUGCCAAGUGUAGUAGUCACCCCUUCUUCUGCGCACUGCACUGUUGCUCUUAUAAACCUGGUCCUGCGGAAAACUGGAAAAAAAACUUAACACUAUACACUUUAGGUGAAUGUGAAGAACGGCCUUUUUCAUCAAGUUUAGGUGCCUAAUGACGCGUAGAGUAGAUAUGUAAGCGAUGUAGAAUAAUUUAAUAAUUAAAUAAUAUAAAAAAAAAUGUUGAACAACUCUUCAGGUAGUUCACAGGUCAAAAAGCCUACUUGGUAGCAUGAGUUUAGACCAGCUUGUAAAUGCAUUGCACUGAUGUUUUGUGCCAUUUUAUUUUAUUGUUUUUUCGUUUCACUACAAAAUGCAUGAAAGAUGCAGCUAUUGAUGUCAGAACUAAUAACAUUUAAGAUGUCUUUAAAAGACAGAUUGCCUGACUUUUUCAAGCCAAUUAAGAUACUUAGGUCAACUUUGUUUUACAAAGGCUUCUGGUGUACACCAGUGAAAUCAGUAUUGUAUUCCGCAUGCACUUGUACUGUAUGAAAUGCCUGUUAAACAUUUUUAAAGACUUAAAAGAUGAAGUGAAAUCUAUUUUUAGCGUUCUUAUAGACGUUUAGACGAUAUUGGUUUUUAAUGAGUCUUGUGGUAAUCCAAGUUAUGGUUGACCAGUGUUCAAAUGCUUCCUUUUUUUUAAAGAGAAAAAAAACUAGCCUUUUAUAUUCUGUAAAUACUGAGCCUUUGUUGUAUUUAUCAUCUGUAUACCUUCUAACUGCUCCAACUACAGUUUUUAAAAAGAAAAAAAAGCACAAUGUGCAAGUCAGGGUAUGGUUUCUCGUCUGUUUAGAGAGAAGGUUGUGAUAUAAUGACGUAAUGGCGAUGGCUCUGUUUGCCAUUGUUGCAAUGUUUAUUUUUUUGAAGAAACUGCCAAAUUGUAAUCUGUGAUAGACGAAAAUACAAUGUGUUUGUAUAAAAAAAAAUGCCUCUCAUAGUUUCUUCUUUUAGCCAUUGCAAUCAGACCACACAAGAAUGUACACUGUUGGACCCUUUCAUUUGGUGAGUGUCAUGCGUUGAGAGCUUCUCUGUUGAUGACUGAGGCGUCUCUACACAGCCUAAAGACUUACUGUCUCAAUAUAAUCUCAAGACUGAGUGGGCCGAUCUGGUCAACGUAACUCAAUUUGGUUAAAAAUGUAGUGACGUGGUUAUCCUCAGUCAUUUUGAAGGAUUUUUUUUUUUUUUUUUUAAUUGGCAUUGGCCAGGGAAAGCCCAGCAUUCUGUCUUGUCACGCUUGGCAAGCCCCUCUGAUCUUCCUUCUUUAACAGUCUCUCGUAACCCAGAAGUUUAUUCUCCACUUUGCUGUAUAAUUUUAAAAAGUCAAAUUCA